UUUCCUAUAUAUACACAGACGACGAACAAACAUGAUCAAGCCUUCAUAUAUCAAACAAGAAACAGAGGAAAAUGGCUUCCUCCAUGGUUUCAUCAGCAGCUGUAGUUCACCGGACCAGCUCCCCUGCUCAGGCCAGCAUGGUUGCGCCUUUCACUGGGCUCAAGUCAGCCUCUGCCUUCCCUGUCACCCGCAAGGCCAACAAUGAUAUUACCUCUAUCUCCAGCAAUGGUGGAAGAGUUCAGUGCAUGCAGGUGUGGCCUACAAUUGGAUUGAAGAAGUUCGAGACUCUCUCUUACCUUCCUCCCCUAUCUGCCGAGUCAUUGGCCAAGGAAGUAGAUUAUCUUCUCCGCAACAACUGGGUUCCCACCUUGGAAUUUGAGUUGGGGAACCCUUUCGUUCACCGUGAGAACGGCAAUUCCCCAGGGUACUAUGAUGGCCGUUACUGGACAAUGUGGAAGCUUCCCUUGUUCGGUUGCACUGAUUCUUCUCAGGUGUUGAAGGAGCUUGACGAGGCCAGUACCACUUACCCCAAUGCAUUCAUCAGGAUCAUCGGAUUCGACAACGUCCGCCAGACACAGUGCGUUAGUUUCAUCGCUUACAAGCCCCCUGGUUUCCAAGUUUGAGGCUACCCUAGCUAUCCGGCUUUACUUCAAUUUUACUUUCAAUUCGUUUUCUUGCUUCCCUUUUUUUCCUUUUGACUCUGUAAUUUCUCUUCUUGUAAACCUCCGUUUAAUCUGUGAAUUGAUUUAGAUGUGAACA